GAGCAAACCCAGGAGCCCAGCUCCCGGUCGUCUCAUCACCUUAGAGACCCUGCUGAGCGCUCACCAGGGCCAGGACUGAGCCAAGGGUGCUUCUAGGACCUGCCUCUUCUCACCAGGAUGAACUCACUGGUUUCUUGGCAGCUACUGCUUUUCCUCUGUGCCACUUCCUUCGGUGAGCCAUUAGAAAAGGUAUCACCUGUGGAAAAUGCUAGACCCACAGGCCAGCAGCUGGGACCCCCGGCCCUCCUGGCCGCCUGGGAGCAGAGCCUGCGAUGCGCCGCCGCCGCCGCCGCCGCCGCCGCGAGCAAGCCCGUCCCGGCCGGGCCGAGCCCCCGGGGGGCCUCGCUGUGCGCGCCUCCCGAGAGCUCGGCGGGGACCCAGCGGCCGGGCCUGUGCGCCCCCCGCAGCCGCCUGAUCCCCGCACCUCGGGGCGCGGUGCUGGUGCAGCGGGAGAAGGACCUGUCCUCCUACAACUGGAACUCCUUCGGCCUGCGCUACGGCAAGCGGCGGAGCGCGCCGGGCAGCCGCGGCGCAGGUGCCGGCCGGCCGUGA